AUGUAUGCACCCAAUAUAUGUGGGCGUCACUGUCUGGGGCCCCUGUCCUUCCACAAAGGGGCCUUGGGAACUGAUGUGUGGCUGAGUCUGGGAGGUAGACGUGUGGAGAGGGACAGAGAGACCUUCCAGAAUGGUCUGACUUUCAGCAGUCGUCCAAUCAGGGUCCAGGAGAAGAUACAUCUGCGGGUGGAAUGUUGUGACCAACACUGGCAUGGAGCUCUGCGGCUGGGCUUCACCAUUAUACCCCCCUCCUCCUCUGGGCCCCUCUUCCCUCCUGCUAUGGCUAUCCCUGACUUCACCACCACCUAUGGGUACUGGGCAUCCAUCGUGCCCUCCAGCCUCAUCAUCCCAGGUGCAGAGCUCCGCUUCUGGGUGACCCCUCGAGGAAUGCUGGUUUACGAGGGGCCAAAUGGUUUGAGGUGCAAGCUACUGAUGGGGGUGGAUGUGACACGCCCCCUGUGGGCCAUGAUAGAUGUCUACGGACUGACCAGAGCUGUGCUCCUAUUGGGAUCAGAAAAGAAAGACUUAUUGAAGUUGCGGAUCCGGAGGUCCUGUCCUGUCCCUCCUCCUCCCUCUGUGUCUCAUAGGGACAGCUGCAUGUGUGUGAACGAGGAUCAUCCCUGUCGCACCCCUCAGGACUACAGGCUCUCUGCUGACCCUAUCACUACCACACAGAUAGACCACUCUAUAGGUGUGUAA